CCAGAUGGAGAGUUUAUCCUGAAUCAGCAGAUGAGUGUGUUCAUCUCUCUUUCAGCCUCUCAGUCGGCCAGUCUCUCUCAGAACAGCAGCAUCAUGACUCGAACACUCCUCAAAAUCUACACCCUCUUCAUCCUCCUCCUGUGCCGACAGUGCGACGCAAACCGCAAACUCCUGGUGUUUCUGAUCGACGGAUUCCGCCAUGAUUACAUGGACGACUUACAAAACUUGCCGGGCUUUCGGGAGAUCGUGGAAAACGGCGUCAAAGUGGAUUACCUGACUCCAGAUUUCCCCAGUCUGUCCUAUCCAAACUACUACUCUCUAAUGACAGGACGCCACUGCGAGGUGCACCAGAUGACUGGGAAUUACAUGUGGGACACAGACACCCAGAAGGAAUUCCUGAUCGGAACCAAUUCGGACAGCCGUCUGCCCAUGUGGUGGGAUGGAUCAGAGCCGCUGUGGGUCACCAUGCAGAAAAAAGGGAAAAAAGUCUAUAUGUACUACUGGCCAGGUUGCGAAGUGACGAUUCUCGGAGUCAGACCUACGUUCUGUGAGGAAUAUGUGUACAAUCCUUCAGAGAAAAACCUGACGGACUCAAUGGAGAACGCUCUCAAUGCGCUAAAGAGCAAUAAAGCAGACAUGGCUGGCAUUUAUUAUGAGAAGAUUGAUGUGGAAGGGCAUCACUUUGGGCCUCGCUCUCCAGAAAUACAGCGCGCCAUUCGCUCCCUGGAUCAGGCUUUCCAAAUUCUCAACCAGAAAAUCAGGGAGAAGAAUAUGAGGGAUAAUAUAAACGUGGUGCUGUUCUCUGAUCAUGGCAUGACUCAGCUGAAGUGGAUGGAGAAGAUCAUUGAACUGGACAACUACAUUGACAUGUCCCACAUCAUUAAAAUGAUGGACAGAGGGCCCGUGGUCAGUCUGUGGCCCAAACAGGACAAGUUUGAGGAGAUCUAUCAGAACCUGAGCACAGCGGACAACAUGAACGUUUAUAAGAAACACGAGAUCCCAGACCGUUUUCACUACAAGAAUGGGCAGUUCGUCUCAACGCUGACGCUAGUCGCAGAGCCUGGAUGGUUUAUCACAGAGAAUAAAGCCAAACUGCCCUUCUGGAACAACGGCACAGAAGUGGCUGAGGGCUGGCAACACGGCUGGCAUGGCUACGAUAAUGAGUUUGUGGACAUGAGGGGAUUUUUUCUGGCACAGGGACCAGACUUCAAGAGCAACUAUCGUGCGGGUCCCAUCCGAACAGUCGAUGUAUAUAAUGUCCUGUGUAAGGCGCUGGGGAUGGAUCCUCUCCCGAACAACGGCUCGUGGUCCCGUGUGGAGUGUAUGAUGAGGAGCUCUGCUGCUGCGGCCGGAGCUUCACUGAUCUUCUGCUGUUUCCUGCUGCUCCUCGCGCUCGCCAGCAUCUGCUAACAUUCAUCCACGCUCAUCAGUAAUCAACACACCUGAUAAAUGCCAGGAAAAACAUUGGUAUCAGCUUUUUUUAUUUGCUGCGCUGCCUCUAUUUUUUGAGCUGUAAAUAUCACCCGUUGCUGAUGGAGUUGAAGAAACGAUUGGCCAUUUUGCACAUUUGCUUUCUCUGAAAUUGGAUGACCUUUAAGAUUUAUAUUUUAGUAAGGUGAUCUCUGUGUUCUCCAGAUGUUUUCUGUCGUUUCGUGACUAUUCAAUGUAUCCUGUCCGACAUAGGCUCAUUCUGAAAACGUAGCCCUAUAUACAUUUUUGGAGAUCACGAAUUAUGUAGACAGAAGUACGUAUGGUUGCAUUUCAUCUUUAAAACGAACACUAGGGGGCGGUAUGACGCCGUUUCCUUUCUCACUUACUAGCUGACUGCUUACCUCUGUGUACAUGGCUUUCCCGCUGUUAAAAGUUUGUCCAAUACCUCGCCAUGUACGUCGGCGGACUUGAGAUGCAGAGAGGAGUUGACCACGAUGACAGGAUUUGAGUCUGAUGAAGAACGGUUCCAGAAAGCAGGUAAGACUAAAAAUAAAAAUAAUCCAAAAAAUAAAAUAAACAAGUAAAUAAUAGGGUGAGAAUGUGGUAAACUCUGUAAGCAUGGUAAAAAUUAGGUGAGGCUUUUCUUUUUGUGGAUUGCUUUGGAAAAUUGUUGGUUGGGUUUAGGGUAGUGGAUGGGCGCUGGUCAAUCUGUGCUUUUGAAAACACUAUCGGUUGGGUUUAGGGAAGGAGGAGGGUUGGUCAGUCGAUCGGUCAGUCAGUCUGUCGACAGCGGCCUCUGGUGGAUUUACGCGAGAACAGCAGGCUCGAAUGGCACUCGCGAGAGAAAUUUGAGAUCUCAAAAAGCGUACACAGCGCCCUCUGGUGGAUCCACAAAAACGUAGCUCCUGGAAUGUAUUUGGCGCUCUCCAGAAAUGUAUAUAUAAGUACGUUUUCAGAAUGAGCCUGGGUUGAUCCUGUCAAUCUUAAACACACACUGUAAGGGCGGAUUUAUUAUUUUUCUUAUAACGUUUUAUUAUGUUAAGUAAUUUGACUAAUGCCGUCACCUUGGAAUUAUAAGUUUCUGUCUGUGUUAUGAGCAGUAUUAAGAUAUUGAGAUGUUGAAUUUCAAAAUCCUUUUAAAGUUAUAAAUGGAGAUUAUUGGAAUAAACUUUAUAAUUCUAAUAAAAAAAAAACACUUUCUGUCAUUAUACUGGAAUUAUGGAGAAUUACAUAUAACUAUGUUUAACUAAGGCAAUAAAUAUAAGAAAAAACUAACCGUUUGUUGUAUUUGAAUAAAUAGUGACCUAUUAUGCUCCUUUUCACAAGAUGUAAAAUAAAUCUCUGAUGUCCCUUAGUGUGUUUAUGUGAAGUUUCAACUCGAAAUACCACUUAAAUAAUGUUUUGAAACUGACCCUUUUAGGCUUUGAUGUGCCAUAUUUGGUGACUGUCACUUUAAAUUCAAAUGAGAUUGUGCUCUUUUCAAAAGAGGGCGGAGCUACAAAUGCCUGUAGGUGCGUCCCAAAUUGCAUAGUUAUGCACUAUUCUUCGCCAUUUUGAAGUAUAAACAGUGUAAGUAGUGCAUUCUGAAUACUCUAAAAAUAAUAAGUGCACUUUCAUUACCUGGAUAAUGCACUUAUUCAACUGGUAAAAUGAAGUGUGUGAUGUUGGACACUUCACAAACUCAACGGCCGCUUCUUUGCUUACGUAGCGGAAGGGGCGGAGCUUUCGGGCACACAUGUUGGAUAACUAUUUAUUUUGGAUUGUAAAAGCAAAAUUCUCCUAUGAGAGUGAUUAUAGCGCCUCCCAAUGGUGAAUAUUAUACUCAUGGCAGGUAUUAUUUGUUGCUUUGGUCAUUUAUUUCACUAAUUUGGCAACCGUCAAACCAUCAUCUGGGAAACGGUUUGAAUUUCCGCUUAGUAAAAAAAAAAACAGUGUUCCAUUUGGGAUGACAAUAUAUACAUAUACUAG